CAAUGCAUUGAAAUGUCAAUCGCAUGUGUAAAUAUAACGGAAUAUCAGCACGUCUGGAAACUUUUUCUUCUGAAUGCAGUCGUUUGCACGAUGAAUGUUUAUUUAAAGAAAACAAAAUAUCUUCCACUAACAAAUUUUAAUUGUUAAAUUUCGCGAAAUCGUCCAGAGUUUAAUUGUUUGUGGACAAAAAGCUGAAGAGGAAGUGAAGAACUUUCAAUGAAAAAAAUACAAAAUGGCCUCCACUAACGUUAGUUUGGAUGACAUAGAUUUGUCAAGUUUAAGGGAUCCAGCUGGAAUCUUUGAUUUGAUAGAAGUUGUCGGAAAUGGAACAUAUGGCCAAGUCUAUAAGGGUCGACACACCAAGACUGGGCAGUUGGCAGCCAUCAAAGUUAUGAAUGUGACAGAGGAUGAGGAGGAAGAAAUCAAGCUUGAGAUUAAUGUCCUGAAAAAGUUUUCCAAUCACAGAAACAUAGCAACAUAUUAUGGAGCAUUCAUCAAGAAAAGUCCCCCUGGAAAAGACGAUCAACUAUGGCUUGUGAUGGAAUUCUGUGGAGCGGGGUCAGUGACAGAUCUGGUCAAAGCAACAAAAGGAAGCAGUCUGAAAGAGGAGUGGAUUGCAUACAUUGGCAGAGAGAUGUUGAGGGGGCUAGCACAUUUACACAGCAAUAAAGUUAUACAUAGAGAUAUCAAAGGACAGAAUGUUCUACUGACAGACAAUGCAGAAGUCAAAUUAGUUGAUUUUGGAGUAAGUGCACAGUUGGACAAAACCAUUGGAAGAAGAAACACUUUCAUUGGAACACCAUAUUGGAUGGCUCCUGAGGUCAUUGCCUGUGAUGAAAACCCAGAUGCUACAUAUGACAACAGAAGUGAUCUAUGGUCUUUAGGUAUUACAGCGAUAGAGAUGGCUGAAGGAAAACCACCACUUUGUGACAUGCACCCCAUGAGGGCUCUCUUUUUGAUACCUAGAAAUGCUCCACCAAGAUUAAAAUCAAACAGAUGGUCAUCACGGUUUUCUAAUUUUGUGGAGACAUGUCUGCUUAAAGAUUAUAUGCACCGGCCAAAUACCGAGACCUUACUUAAGCAUCCAUUUAUAAAGGACCAACCUACAGAGAGACAAGUCCGAAUUCAGCUCAAGGACCACAUAGACAGGCACCGCAAAAAACGACCAGAUGAUGAGGACACCAUGACAGAGUGGGUUCCCAGUGAUGUUGAGGAUGAAGAAGAAACAAACAUGGCCGGUGAACCUAGCACUGCCCGUCGGAGGGAAAGUCGACAGGAUCCAAACAGGCCAAUUUCCAUCCUCCAGAUCCCAGGAGAGUCGACUCUGAAGCGAAACUUUCAGUUAAUUCAGCAGAGGGAAGGUCAUCCACAGAACUCACGCCCUGUCCCCAUCCAGCAGCAAGGUCGUCAGGGUCAAAGGCAGGCAAGCUCCAAACAGGGCUGGCCCGGGCCGUACCAACCCCCUCAUCCAGGUCCCUCGCGGCAGCAACAGCAGAUUAGCCGACCCCCCCAAGCAAUAGAGGACAUACCAGAGGAAAUAUCCAAGGACCUUAAGUCUGAAGACUAUAGUGACUCGGGAUCAGACGAUGAACAUGCAGAUCAAAGACCCUCCAGCAAAGCCCAGAAACCAGAGGAUCUGGAUAAAUAUGCCAAACAGCUGAUUGAUAUGUUUCCGGAGGAGAAAGGCUCCUCAGAUGAGGAGGAGGGUGAGGAGGAGGAAGAGGAAGUGACUCGAGAUGGAACUCUUCUGGCCUCAGAGCCAGCCAGACCUCUACCGACUGGAGGCUUUAACCAUGACACAUUAGAAACCUUGUCUUCCAUGGUGAUUCACACAGAAAUUUCUUCCUCUUCACACUCAAACCAAAGUCCAGGCAACAACAUAAGUGAAAACUCUCGUAACCGUGACAAUGAUGACGGAACACUGGUCGUCAGACGGAAUAAAUCGGAGAAUGUCUUAAGUGAAAAGGCCCAAAGAGCUAAAGUGGGAAAAGCUAACUCCAAUCCUAUUGGCUCCUCUGGACAUCCUAGUGGGUUGCCAUCAGCUAGACACAGUGCCAGCAGUGGAGUCUUGCCUGAUCUCCUUCCCCCACACACCCCACCUCAAUCACGCUCAGCCCUCACCCCCCAAAGACCACAGGACAAGACCACUUCAGAUGAAUAUCGGCAGGCAGUUAGUAGCUCAGAGGGAGGAGUAUUGAGACACCACCCCAAGUCUUUCUCUGCCUUUGGGUUUGGAGCCUCUGAAGGUUCCACACUCACAUCACAGUCAUCUAGGCGCGGUUCCCAGAUCAACGUCAAUGUAGCACCUUCCCAACCAAUGUUGGAGGCUUUGAGCGACACUCCAGAAAUCCGCAAAUACAAAAAAAAGUUCUCUUCAGACAUUUUAUGUGCUGCAUUAUGGGGAGUCAAUUUACUCAUUGGAACAGAGAAUGGCUUAAUGCUUUUAGACAGAAGUGGACAAGGAAAAGUUUACACAUUGAUCUCACGCCGGAGAUUUCAACAGAUGGAGGUUCUAGAGGGACAGAACAUCUUGGUCACAAUCUCCGGCAAGAAAAACAAAAUCCGAGUCUACUAUUUGUCAUGGCUGAACAACAAAAUCUUUAAGAAGGACCAGAAUGAUAGAAGAAAUGGCUGGGUAAAUGUGGGAGAGCUGGAGGGCUGUGUUCACUUCAAAAUAGUGAAAUAUGAAAAGAUAAAGUUCCUUGUCAUAGCCCUACAGGAGAGCAUAGAGAUAUAUGCAUGGGCCCCGAAACCCUACCAUAAGUUUAUGGCCUUCAAGUCUUUCACCGAUCUAGUCCACAAACCACUGAUAGUUGACCUAACAGUGGAAGAAGGUCAAAGGCUGAAGGUUCUGUAUGGUUCCCGUCAUGGUUUCCAUGGUAUUGAUGUAGAUGAAAUGUUGGCCUAUGACCUUUACAUUCCUACCCAUACGCAAGGCACCAUCUUGCCACAUACCAUUGUCAUAUUACCAGACACCAAUGGAAUGGAGCUCCUUUGCUGCUAUGAUAAUGAGGGAGUUUACGUAAACUCCAGUGGUCGUGUCACCAAGAAUGUUGUUCUACAGUGGGGAGAAAUGCCGACAUCUGUGGCAUACAUAAGCACUGGACAGAUAAUGGGCUGGGGAAACAAAGCUAUUGAGAUCCGUGCUGCAGAAACCGGGCACUUGGAUGGAGUGUUCAUGCACAAAAAAGCACAGAAACUCAAGUUCCUCUGCGAGAGAAAUGACAAAGUCUUUUUCUCGUCGAUGCGGUCAGGGUCGAGCUGCCAGAUUUACUUUAUGACUCUCAACAAACCAGGAUUAGCCAAUUGGUGAAGAAUACUAACUGCCAUGGAGAUAUUUUAAUUUCUCAGGGUAUUUUGUGAAGAAAUACACCAGUAAGACUACAGCUAUGGAUAACCUUGCAACAUUCUACCUAUAUGAGUUGUUAUCAUGGCAAAAAAAAUGCCCCUUUCUUGAGCUGUACCAUGGCAAUUGUCACCAACUGAGCUCUAACCAUGGCAAAAUUCACUAUAAUGAGCUGUAGAAAUGAGUCUAUGGAUUUUAAGAUGUCAGAAAUUUUGCAUAGAUCUGAAAUGUGCAGCUAUAUAAACUGUACAUUGAAUAUUUUCUUUUCAAAAUGCAAUGAGUUUAUCUCUUCAUUCCACAAUCAAAGAAGAUGACGUUUUCCUGCCCUCUCAUGUUAACACUUUUAUAUAUUGGAAUGUAUGUCAUUUACAUGAUACAAUACAGAAUACUCAAAAAAGUGCUAAGUUAUUUGUCACCGUGUAAACCCCUGUAUUGUGAAAUCAUUAUAAUUCGUGGGGGCCAAUUUUCUUGGAUUGGUUAACUUUUACAGGGACAUACUUUCGUGUAUUCUUUUAUACAAACAUAAGGACAUAUGGUUUUAUAACACUAAUUUAUUAAUUCGUGGAGGAUGUAAAUUUGGGGAUGAGAGGUACCCAUGAAUUCCACGAAAAUUGAGCCACCACGAAAUUGAAUGAUUCCACAGUAUGUGUAGAUGGAUAACCUAAAACCACCUGGGCAAGAGCAAAGGGACAUAACCUCAUCCACACUUUUUUUCUCUCAGUAACUGAUACUGAUGUGUAAGCCUUAUUUUAAAAAUAUCCAUUGUUAAUUUCCAGUAUGCCAUUAUUUAUGAGGGUUUUUUAGGGAGGGUAUAUCAGGAAAAUAAUAGGUGAAAUAGGUGUAAUAUAAUUCAUACUAAUUAAACUAAUAAAAAAAAAGACAAGGUGAAAAACAGUAAUAUGUUUAGUAUCUUGGUCUGUAAAAGUUAAUAUGAACAAAAUGAGUGAACCCAAAUGGUCAAAGAUUUGGCCCAUUUAUUGUAACAGUGCCCCGAGACAAAGACUUACAAAUUGUGGAGUAGAAAUACACACUCUUGCCUUAAGAUGUAGACGAUUAGUCUUUUAUGUGUAGUUUUAAGUAAGGAACACCUCAUUCUAGUCAUUGUCUGAUUUUUAAUUGUGGCUGAUGUAAAAUGUCACGAAAGAAUACCUAUUUUUAACUUUUAAUGAUAUAAAAAUCACUUCCAUUCUGUGAUAAUAGUUUGUGUAAGUUGACAGGUUACUCCGCUGUACAGUUGGAUUAUACAGGUGAGCUGUACAGGUGUGUUGUACUUCCUACCUGUUGAACAAUAAUCAUGUGUUAUAUAAAAAUGUAAUUUGUUUGGAAAUGUGGCAAUAUUUAUUUUCUUUUUCGUUUGUAAAAUUUUCUUUCUCUGUUUUGAAAUGCAAUGGUGAAGUUCAUUUAUGAAAUCCAAAUUUGUUGUUCUUGAUUUUUCAUUGUUAUCAAAGUACGUUUGUCAAAUAAGGUGUCUAAAGACCAUAUCAAAGUGUUUUAGACCAACAAAAAAGAAAUUAUACCACCAAGUUAAACAAAAAAUCGUUUUUUAUUAAAUUCUGUUAUAGAAGCAUAUUCAUUUAAAGUAUUUUGGUAAAUAUAUCUGAAACAAACAUCACCAUCAAUCAAUCUUCGAAUUGUAUACCAGUAACUGUAAUAUUAUUUAUCAUUUAUUUUGCCAAUGACAGUUGCCUAGCAACGGCACCAAUUGUGUAUCUUGUGUUAGCCAUUUUAUGUUUUCGUCGUUUUCAGUUGGAGAGUGAACAGUAUUAUACUGAGUCUCGUGGAGAGAGUGUAAUCAUUUGUCAAGCUUAGAAACAAAAGUGCAAUUUUGAUACUGAACAAUAAAUGCAUCUGCAAUACCAA